UCCGGUUCAAGGCUGGUUGAUCCGUGCAGGUAAGUGAACAUGUAUCCCAGACACAGUCAUGUUAAAUUUAGUUUAUUUAAAGAAAAAAUAGUCGUAUACCAGGGUUUACGAUUAACUGUACGUAGGUACAUCACAGAAGAAACACGUCGUGUAUAUGUAACUUGAAUUAGGUAAGCCUGUGUGUAACGGUAAAGUAAAUAUUUACAGUGUUUGCAGUCAACAGGCCAAAAUUGUUUCGUUCGGUGUAAUCGUACAGCAGGCAACGCUAGCUACCCAAUAUUUACAAAUAAAUUAAAUCUGUCUCCCAAAUAACAGUGUAACAAUAAGGGUAUAACGUAAACUACGUGUUGUCUUGGAAAUUAAUUUUUUCCCUUUCAGUUGCGCAAUAUUUUCUGUCAUAACAUUUGUUUAUUAAAAAGUUGUGGUAGCUAACUAGCUAGCUCGGCAGCUAAGAAACGUACAGAAAGCUGCUGCUAGCCAGCUAGUUGGAAACGUUAGCUAGAUUGUCAGCCAAUUGAAUAGGCCGUUUGGGAAGCUAGCGACCGUCUAUCUAUGGCAUAGCAGUCUUGAAAUGAUGGAGGAUUUCUAUUUGUCUAAGACUAACGUUACUUUAAGACAAAGGAUGUCGGUAUUUCAUUUUUUCACUUAACAUAUACAAAUCCUUAUUGUUUUAUAAGUUAUCUUUUAGUAGCUAUUUCGGUCUACAGUUCGUCGCUUACUAAUGUUAGCCAACGUUACAUUAUGAAGUUAUUUUGGAGCUAGCGAGCUAGCCAGCUAACGUUAACAGUCAUUUGAGAGACUGUUCAUGAGCUAAGGCAUCAGGCCAAACAACACUUAGUUCCAAGUGAACAGUGACAUUACGUAUCGGAAAUAGGUUAGACAUGGCCAAUUACUACAUGGUUAUUAAUGUUUUACUUGUUGUAGUUGCUAAAACCCCAAGGUUACAAUCAGCAGUAACAUAAAAGUAAGCUAGCUUGUAUGCCAUUUGCUAGAAAUGGCAAUAAUGAAGCGAAGGAAAUCACGAAUCAUUAGAGCGCUUGUACCUUAAAAUGAGCCAUUAAACCUGUCACGUUGAACAUGCGUGCAAAAAAUACUAAGUUACUAUCUAUCAAGUUAUUAUGCUUAUUUAGAGUUCCCGGUGAUUUACUUUGUAUAACAUAAGAUCAGAGUUAGAUUAGUUACUUAAUUAAACACGAGCAAUUGCAACUUGUACAUUCACCGUGCAAUACAGUAGACAUUUAUUUUACAUUCCAACAAAGUUUGUGCACUACACUUUGUACACUUCUCAUUGUUACAUAUCAAGACUAUUAAGACCACAAAGUUUAAAAUGUUUCUUUUUGUUUCAGGCGUAAGAGAUAUCUGGGACACAAUUGUUUGGAGCCGCUGUCAAUUCGAGAACUUGUGGAAUAAUGGGUUUUGUCAAUUUGAUCCGUGGACAGGGAUACAAACCGUCUAAGGCUGUGCUGUGGAGAGUGGGUAGUGGUAGCUGGGUGCAGUGGAUCUGGCCUGAGCGGUGCCAGACGCCCCCUCCCGGCCGCCCCCCUCCCCCUCCCCCUUUCGCUGCAUGGCUGCGAUGGCGCCCGCUCUGACUGACGCUCCGCCCGAAGCCCACCGCAUCCGCUUCAAGCUGGCCCCGCCCUCAACUCUCUCGCCCAAUCCUGUGCAGCCAGGUGUCACGCCCAGCAACGGCGCUGUUGUGAAGCGCAGCCGAGCGGCCGCAACCCAGCCCCCCUCCCCUGAGCACCACCCCCACACCACACCUGUCGGCAACGGCAACAGCAACAGCAGCGGAGGCGGCAGCAGUGUAGCGGUCCCGUCCUGCAAGCGUGAGGAGCCAUCAUCACAGCCCGAAGCCCCGCCUCACGCGCUGGGCCGGCUGCAGCCAUUGGUGGCCUCGUACCUGUGCUCGGAUGUGACAGCGGUGCCGUCCAGUAAGGAGUACUUCCUGCCCCGCCAACGGCCCUCGCUGGAGCUGGAGCUCUCAGAGGAACGCCUGCGCAGCCUCAUGAGUGGCACUGGCGCGCCCCCCUUCAACGGCGUGGCCAAGAGGCUGACGAGGCCCGCGCCAGGGAUGGAGCGGGACGGACUGCUGGCCACCGGCAACCCCGCCGCUCUUAAUGGAGGGUCUAACGGCACCAGGACUCCCGCAGGAUCGGGGUCCGGUUCGGACUCUCCCCCUCCGCCUCUGGAGUCUGCCUCACGAGGAGGUCUCCACGGCAACGGCCCUUUCAGGAGUGGCGGAGGAGGAGGGGCAGAUCCCCAGCACGCAGCCGACGUCUCCCAGGAUAACAGUAACCCUGAGCAACCGCCUCCACCACCCUCUAGCAGCUCUACCCCAUCACAGGACCCCACAGAAAACAACAACAGUUGCAGCAGCAGUACAGACCGGCCCCCAUCGCUGGCGGCAACAGACUCCUCGCUCCCUCCCUCCUGCUCGUUGGAACCCCCCAUCAGCAGCCCUGCGCAUAAUCACCCUGCACCAACGUUGGGCAGCCUGGGAACCGAGCUGCGUGUGCGGACGCAACAGAGCACGAGCCGUCAGGGACAGAUUGAUGGCCGUCUGCGGCGUCUGCGUAAGCGUCUGCAGGUGGUGCAGGCCAAGCAGGUGGAGCGGCACUUACAGCAGCAGCUGGGCGGACUCCUGCAGAGCACGCUUGUUCCCCUCGAGGCCCUGCGCAAGAAAGAGGGCCCCACUGCUUCCACCUCCAUCUCUGCCGCCGCCACCACCACCACCACCACCUCGGUCACCGCACUCACCCCCCAGGAACGAGAGGGUCUGAGCCGAUUCCUGAAGGGGGGCUCGGUUCCUGCCGAGCUGGAGAGGCUGUCCCUGAGCGGCUCCACCAACCUGCACGCGGCCGAGGAGGCCUUCGACUCGGACGCCACCGAGAGCAGCAGCGGCGGGGAGACCGACGUGGAGGAGGACGAGCUUGGACGCGUGGACGUGGAGCAGAGACACGUGCCACUAUGGCGACGUGCAGAGGGGCGUUAUGCCGUGGAUCGGGCAUCCAUCAUCAGCCACUGGAACUGGCUUCAGGCUCACGUGUCAGACCUGGAGUACCGCAUCCGCCAACAGACAGACAUCUACAGACAGAUCCGCUCCAGCAAGGGUCCUGUUGGGCUGGGAGAUCCCGCCCCUGCAGAGCCAUCAUUGGAGGGAUUGUGUGAGGUGAAGGAGGAGCCAGUCUCCUGUCAAGUGUCACAGGACUUUGGCUCUGACGUCUCGGAGAGUUCCGUUUCAGAUCCGGGCCUGAGGAAGGCGUGUCCUUCAGGGAAACAAGUCAACGGGGUCAUCAACAAUCUGAGGACGGGUUCUCCAGAGACCGCGCACUCAGAGGAGCUCCGCCGGCAGCAGCAGUGGGCGGGUGUGUCGUCUGUGGUCCCCUCCCCUGCUGACCACACAUGUGUGGCUGCCCGCACGCGACCCCUCAUCAGCUGCAAGAGACGCCGCCUUGUCAGACCCAGCACACUUACCAACCUCAACCGCAAGGUCCAGCGUGCGAGUGUGUGUCGCUGCAGCUGUGAGGUGAACCCUCAGUGUGUGACGUGCGUGGGCCGCUCUGCUUCGCCGCUGGAGCCCAGCUAUGAUCGCCUCCUACUGGAGCGGCUGUCUCAGUACGACCCCAGCGUCCACCCCAUUCUGUCCUUCUCAGACGAUGUCAUGAUGAGUCUGCAUAUGCAGCGUCUGCUGAAAUCUCAUUGGCAGAGCCGGCCGCUGGAGAAGAUCAAGCCCAUCAAGAAGCUGUCACUCAAACACAAGCUGUCCCUCGGCUCCCGCCCCUCCAACCCUGCCUCAUCCUCGUCCUGCUCCAAAGACAAACACAAGCUGUCCAACUCGCUCCUGUCCACUGUCCGCCUUUCCCAUCACAAGAUGCGCGGUGAGAAGCUCCAUCGUCAGCAGUUUGACAGCCUCCUGAGUGCCUCCAAGCUCGAGGGACGCCAUCACCGCGGAGACAGGGGGCCCAGCGUUUCCCAUGGUGCCUACGACAAGACCCACAGCCGCAAGAGGCCCCGCGAGCACUCUCUGGAAAGGAUGGAGAACACACCUAAGCUCUAUACGGAUGUGGGGAGUCCGUGUCCUUCCCUGUUAGGGCUGCAGACCCCCACCCACAGCCCCCUCCUGAGGCAAAUCUCCACCUCCUCCGAGACCUCCACCCCCCUCUCCCUCACCGGACUGAGCGCCACCAGCACCCCGACUCCCAUUCGCAGGAGGAGAGGAGAGAGCUCCUUUGACAUCAACAACAUUGUCAUCCCCAUGUCUGUGGCGGCCACCACCAGAGUAGAGAAACUGCAAUACAAAGAAAUCCUCACACCCAGCUGGAGGGAGGUGGAUGUCUGUGCGAAGCCCAUAUUACCUGAGGACAACACAGUGGAGGUGGAGGAUCUCAGCGACGGGGCGUUCGGUGAGCUGCACCAGCCGUGUCAAGAUCAGGAGCGUUCCCGCUGGAGUUGGACCGCCAGCGCCAUCGCCAAACGCAGGGGCAGCCGCUCUUAUAGGUCGUCAGAUGGGCGCACCACUCCCCUACUGGGGGGCACCCACCCCUCCACGCCCCAGCCGUCGUCACCAGACAUGGCGCACUUCCACCUGCUGGAGGACUCGUGUGGGGCGCCCUCCCCCAGCAGCCCCCCCAGCCCCGACAUGCUGCUGCCGCACUCACACCGCCUGCUCUCCAGCGACGACACGCGCUGCUCCACGCCAGACGAAGAGAUGGUUUUACAGCCUGUGCAGCCAUGGGAUCGUCGGGACUUUCCGCUGGAGUCGGACCUGCCGCGAGAGACGGACGAGUCUCAGGAGAGCCCCGCAGAGGAGCAGCCAUACCGCACCAUGCGUCGCAUCUCCGGCAGCAAGACACGCUCCGAAUCCGACACCGGACCACCCUCCCCGCUCCCCGACGAGAGUAGCAGCAGCAGACACAGGACCCCCGCCUGCGCACCCAAAACCAGCCACCGCUGAACCCCUCUUCCCAGAGACUUUCUCACGCUCAGCAACCACAACGACGAAUGAAAAGUCCUGUUGUUUGAUAUUCAAACAUCAGUCCAAAAAAAAUUCACAGUUUUUAGUGAAUGAUAAUAUGCGAAAAAUGUUAGAGAUCUGUUAAUAAUAUUUUGUUUUGCUUUUUACUUUUCUUUUUGUGGUCACUGGAAUAAUUAAAGUACAAAUAUGUUUGAUAGCAGGAAAAAAAAGUACAAAAAGACAGAUUAGAUAGAUGGCUUUAACCAUGGCGGAUGGGGCGGGGCUUGCAGGACGUGUCCUGAUUGAGUGAAGCACUCUUUAGGGCUCUUACUUGUCGACUUCUCCUUCUCCUCAAACCAGUGUGAAGUGGGGUGACCCAAAAAGACACUUCUUAAAAUGAAUGGCAACAUCCCCCAUCUCCCCACCCAACCCCAGCUCACACUUACUGCUAGAGCACUUUGGGUCUAGACCCUCUCUCACAUUCCCCUCUGUCACUUAACUUCAUUACGCUCAUCCAGAUCAUGGGCUAUAGACAGGACUAAAGGAAAAAAGGAAUAAAUAAAAAUGAAAUAAGUAAACCAAUAAAAACCUAGAACACCAGAGGAUUUGUGUUUUUCGCUCAAUUUCAUGAAGCACUCUUAAAUCGUUUGUUUAGUUCUUUUUUCCACCUCUUACCGACUCUUGUCAUUAGUGAAGGACGGGACAGAGCGUGUGAUGGUUUGAUUCUCUCGCCCGUUCAGUCAUUGCCGUGACUAAGCUGCAAGCUAUGCCACCGAGCUCAUCUUCCUAGCCAGUCCCGUCUCGGUACACAAAGGUUCUAUUUCUCUUUCGACUCUUAGUGAUGGAUUUUUUUUAUCUUUCAUGCUGUGGAACUUCUAAUGCAGGCCCAUAAUCUCGUUCUCACUCUUGCACUUGAUACUUAAAUUCCAGGAACAGAAUAAUUGGCUUUCCGAACAUGUAUGUAUGGUUAAAUUAAGUUACAAUUUCUGGCAUUAUGAAUGCACACUAGUUGACCAAAACAAAGUAAUCGUGGAAAAAGUACGUCAAUCAUAGCUAUUGCAAACGCCAUUGAAUGGUAAUAAUGCCCUCGUUAUUGCAAUUCGUGAUGAGGAGCUUGUGGUCAUAUUUGACAGAGAUCUCUGUAGAUAUGUGUACAAGCCAAACGUCUGUACACAAAGCCUUCAAUUUGUAUGAACACCAUGUCAUGCCACGCCAUCGCUUACGAACCAAAAAUCCCCACCUUAGACAACUGAAUACCUGUUUGGCCCUUGGCGUCAGAAUCACCCCACUCUCCGUUGAAGUAUGGUUUGGGAAUAGAAUGUCUGUGGGUGAUUUUAUAAUGUCUCUGUUUUACCUGUCGCAGUUCCUCGACGUUGAUGCAGACACCCACUAUUCCCUUUUUCGAGGAAAACGCAUAUAGUGGAUAGUCUGUAGUCUUUUGUUGUCCUAUGGGAGAGACCUCAUUCCUUCGUUUCGGGGCGGUGUCGUUCAAAAACCCUCCCUCUCUCCGCUCUGUCUGGCCCAUGAACCCAUGGGCCGAACAUGGCGGUCUGUAGUGCGCCUGAUUGUAUGUGCCAAGUUCGUAUACACGCUUGCGGUCACUGCCCCAAAGCCUCGCUCAACUCUUUAGUUAUAGUUUCAUAUCAUUGGACAGUUAUCUGUGGCUCGUUCACGUGAAUAUUACAAACGAAUGUAUCAAAAUUCAAUAGAGGACCGUUACUUCAUGUUAAGUUUGUUUUCCCUCGCAGAACUCUCGUGUCUGCACCCUAUUAGUCCUUAUGCCCAUCUACCUGUUUGUGGAUUGAGAGAAUCCGGGUGAUGCUCGUUGAAUCCUGAGCUAGGUGGAGUCUCUGGAGCAGCAGACAGCAAAUAUCCCGAGGGACGUUUCGUUGUCUGUCCGGAUGGUGUUUGUAAAAGCUCCGACUACCAUACCGUUUUUAUGUGCCCCUACCCCAAGUUUGUCAUUAUAACCAAUUACGCUUUUCUGUCCCUGCUGGCUGGGAAUCCUAAAUCCCGCUAGGCAGGUGUGAUGUACAAUAGGAUUUGACUUAGCGUUGAAAAGCCAAUAUUGUAUUGUGUGGGUUAUUUUCAUACUUUGAAUUUCCAACGUGGUGAAUGGGGAUGGGUGAGUCUGGUUUAUCCUUUAGCAUGUAAUAGUUUGUACAAAAAGAGUAUAUUUUGUAAAUACCUUGUUUGAUUCUUUACUGUGUUUGAUGUUCAGGCUGUAGCUGUCCUGAUUGUAUAGGGAGAAGACACAAAUAUUUAACACUUUUUCUUUAUGCAGAGGCUAAAACAUGUUUAUGAAUAAUUGGCGAAUCUGACGGGCAGGCAGCGUUUGUGCUUCUCAAAUUAAAGUGAAUUAUAUUGUAA